GUACGGUCAACGCAUCGCAUUCCGGCGUGAACGAAAUGUAACCGAGCGGGCUUGUGUUUCAGAUCGUCCGAAUCUCAAUUUGAAGGAUUUACAAUGUCAAACUUUAAGGACACAAACAAUUGCCCUGAUGGGUACAGGGCUCUGAGUACAAGUGAACUGCGGGAGCUUUUACAGAACGAGGAGAAAAUGGAUCAAAUCAUUCGACUCAAUGAAAAGUUUCAGGAGCUGCAGUUGGACAGAGAGACACGACUGACCUCCAAUCGGGGUUUGGCUGAGAAGAGCCUCACCCGGCGACCCCGCCUUAACAAAGGCAAACUCCAGCUGGCUGAGAAAUACAAGGAACUGUCUAACCUGACAACUGCAUGCUGGGAAAAACAGAGUCAACUUGAGGCCCACACUCAGAAGCACAGCCUGCAGACAGCACAGAGCUUACUCCAGGAAGAGGUGGCACGUGCCGAGGAGCAUUCUGAGGAGCUGUUGGAGAAGUUUAUGGAAGGGAACAUGGCCCUGGAGGAGUUCCUGGACUCAUUCCAAAGCUCUAGGAAGGCCUACCAUAUCCGCCGGGCUCAAGUGGAGAAGAUCCAGGAGAUCACCCAUGCGAAACGGCAGCCAGGUAAAGGGAAGAGAACCGAGGAGCAGGAGAGCAAGACUCAAGAGGUUAGGAAAGACUCCGAGCAGCCCCAGGAGCCUCAUCCACGGCCCAACGGCUUUGUAGCCCAGGGACCUCUGAGAGUCUUCCAGCUACGCUAUGGCCUCACACCAGCCAUCCUGUUGCCCCAUUACCCCCUUUCUCCCCCUGCCUCGGCAUCAAGCCAUCAAAAUGCUACAUCUCCAUCCGAAUCGCAGUUAGGACACACCCGCCUCCUCAGUCCCAGCACCCCACUCCCCGGACACGGCCAGCCUGUUGGACUUAGGGUGAUCGGACAGUUAUCAGGCGGCUGGCCACCCAGUGGGAGACCAGUCCGGGUACAGCAGCUGUACAGGCCUAACCCUCAACAGCCAGAGCCGCCGUACCGAUAA